AUGACACCCCCCCUUUUCCCCAGUGGUUCUCAUUCAAGCUACUUUGAGGCUGACUGUGAGGCUGACCGCGAGGCUGACUGUGAGGCUGACCGCGAGGCUGACUGUGAGGCUGACCGCGAGGCUGACUUUGAGGCUGACUGUGAGGCUGACCGUGAGGCUGACUUUGAGGCUGACUGUGAGGCUGACUGCGAGGCUGACUUUGAGGCUGACCGUGAGGCUGACCGCGAGGCUGACUGUGAGGCUGACUGUGAGGCUGACUGUGAGGCUGACCGCGAGGCUGACUGUGAGGCUGACCGCGAGGCUGACUGUGAGGCUGACUGUGAGGCUGACUGUGAGGCUGACCGCGAGGCUGACUGUGAGGCUGACCGUGAGGCUGACCGCGAGGCUGACUGUGAGGCUGACUGUGAGGCUGACUGUGAGGCUGACCGCGAGGCUGACUUUGAGGCUGACUGUGAGGCUGACCGUGAGGCUGACUUUGAGGCUGACUGUGAGGCUGACUGCGAGGCUGACUUUGAGGCUGACCGUGAGGCUGACCGCGAGGCUGACUGUGAGGCUGACUGUGAGGCUGACUGUGAGGCUGACCGCGAGGCUGACUGUGAGGCUGACCGCGAGGCUGACUGUGAGGCUGACUGUGAGGCUGACUGUGAGGCUGACCGCGAGGCUGACUGUGAGGCUGACCGUGAGGCUGACCGCGAGGCUGACUGUGAGGCUGACUGUGAGGCUGACUGUGAGGCUGACCGCGAGGCUGACUGUGAGGCUGACUGUGAGGCUGACUGUGAGGCUGACUGCGAGGCUGACUGUGAGACUGACUGUGAGGCUGACCGCGAGGCUGACUGUGAGGCUGACCGUGAGGCUGACUGUGAGGCUGACUGUGAGGCUGACCGCGAGGCUGACUGUGAGGCUGACCGCGAGGCUGACUGUGAGGCUGACCGUGAGGCUGACUGUGAGGCUGACUGUGAGGCUGACCGUGAGGCUGACUGUGAGGCUGACUGUGAGGCUGACCGCGAGGCUGACUGUGAGGCUGACUGUGAGGAACAGGAAAGUUACACAAGUGUUCAUUUAAGGGAGAAAAACUGUAAUUGUAUUUCCCGCCUGCAAGUGUGGAGUGAUUCCCUCGUCGGUCAGAUAGAGUGA